AGACGUGUUGAGGCGCUUCACUGUGCUGCAGUGUGUCUUUUCAAUCCAACAGAGUGAGACGUAUACCACGUGUGAGUGACCUGCGGGAGAAAAAAAAAAAAAAAGAUUUGUUUUAAUUCAUUAUUAUCGUGUUUCAGUGAAACACCUUCCAGCCAUGGUUAAACUAGCGAAGGGGGUGAAAAAACAAGUGAAGGAAGCGCCACAGAAGAAAAAGGCUCCUCCACCUCCAAAGGAAGUUGAAGAGUCCAAUGAGGAAGACUCUGAUGAAGAGGCUCCACCUCCCAAAGCUGCAGCUAAGAAGAAUGUAACUCCAGCGAAGGCAGUGAAAAAUGGAAAAGCCCCUGCCAAGCAAGAAAGUGAAGAUGAUGACGAUGAAUCUGAGGAAGAGGCUCCUCCAGCUAAAGUUGCUAAAGGCCCUGCCAGGAAAGUAGCAGCUGAUGUUGAAUCAGAUGAUGACGAGGAGGAGGAGGAUGAUGAUGAGUCUGAGGAGGAGCCACCCAAAAAGGCUGCUAAAUCAGCUAAGGCCACCCCUGCAAAGGCGACAACUGUGAAGGCUAAAGCAGCUCCUGCGAAGGAGGAGUCUGAUGAUGAUGACGACGACGACGAUGAUGAUGAUGAUGAUGAUGAAUCCGAAGAGGAGGAAGCUCCACUUCCUAAAAAAGCAGCCCCUGCUAAACCUGCCGCUAAAACAGCCCCUGCUAAACCUGCCGCUAGAGCGAAGUCGGAGGAUGAUGACGACGAUGAAGAGGAAAUGGACACAACACCUGCACCAACUAAAAAAGCAGCCAUGAAGAAGGCCCAGGAGGAAUCUGAAGAGGAUGAGGAGGAGGAGGAGGAUGAUGACGAUGAUGACGACGAUGAGGAGGAGGAGGAAGAAGCCGCUCCUGUAACACCGGGAAAGAGGAAGGGUAAUGUCAAUAAGGAUAAAGGAACACCACCUGCUAAAAAAGCCAAAUCUGAUGAAGCCUUCAGCUUGUUUAUGGGUAACCUGAACGCGGAUAACAGUUUUGAAGAUAUUAAAGAAGGCAUCAGCAAAUUCUUUAAGAAAGAAGGCCUGGUGAUUCAGGAUGUCCGUCUCGGAGGGUCCAAGAAGUUUGGUUAUGUCGACUUUGGCUCAGAAGAGGACCUUCAGCAAGCCCUUGGUCUCAGUGGGAAGAAGUUUAUGGGUCAGCCAAUCAAACUGGACCGAGCAAGAAGUAAAGAGGACUCUCAGGAAAGCAAAAAGGAGAGAGAUGCCCGGACGCUGUUUGUGAAAAAUCUGCCAUACUCGGUAACCUCAGAUGAGCUGAAAGAGGUUUUCGAUCAAGCACUGGAUAUCAGGGUACCUGUUGGCCCCAACGGCAGCAGCAGAGGCAUUGCAUAUAUUGAAUUCAAGACAGAAGCUAUUGCUGAGAAAAUGUUGGAGGAGACUCAGGGUUCGGAUGUUCAGGGCCGAUCCAUCAUGGUGGACUUCACCGGUGCCAAAAGCCGACAGAGCAGCAAAGGACCAGUUUCAGCACCUGUAAGCAAGGUUCUGGUUGUAAAUAAUCUAGCGUUCAGUGCCACAGAGGAGUCUCUGCAGAGCGUGUUUGAGAAAGCCGUUGCUAUCAGAAUACCACAGAAUAAUGGCCGGCCAAAAGGGUAUGCGUUUGUCGAGUUUGAAAACACAGAUGAUUCCAAGGAGGCGAUGGAUUCAUGUAACAACACAGAAAUCGAAGGCAGGAGCAUCAGACUGGAGUUCAGCCAGAGUAGAGGAGAGGGUGGAGGACGAGGAGGAUCCGGACCCACAAAAACACUGUUUGUUAAAGGCUUGUCAGACGAAACGACAGAUCAAACUCUGAGGGAUGCGUUCGAGGGUGCUGUCGCUGCCAGAAUCGCCACAGAUAAAGAUACAGGAUCCUGUAAAGGGUAUGGUUUUGUUGACUUUGACAGUGAGGAAGACUGCAAAGCAGCGAAGGAAGCAAUGGAUGACUCUGAGAUUGAUGGAAACAAAGUAACUCUGGACUACGCCAAGCCGAAAGGAGAAGGAGGACGAGGAGGAGGAAGAGGAGGGUUUGGAGGUGGCAGAGGAAGAGGAGGGUUUGGAGGUGGAUUUGGAGGUGGAUUUGGAGGGAGAGGAGGAGGAAGGGGUGGAUUUAGAGGAGGGAGAGGAGGAGGAGGAGGAGGAGGACACCGUGGGGGAGGAAGAGGAGGAUUCAGAGGUGGCCGAGGUGGUGGAGGUGGAGCCGGAGCCAGACCUCAAGGAAAGAAGAUCAAAUUUGAUGCUUAAAAACUGCUCUCCAUUUUUUUUUUUUAAUAUUUCCAAAUAAAUGGACUGUAUUUCUGCUUGAAUAGUCUUUUGGACAUUCCAGUGUCUCCUUACUUAACGGAGCGUCCAUCUUUUUCUGUCCGAAAGGUUCCUGCAGGUUCCUGUCAAAUGUUCCUCUUCAACCGUGCACAUUCAUGUUUUCCCCAGUUUUGUGGGAGAAAAGUUGAAAUGUGAAUAAUUGUUUUUUUCUUGUUUUUUUUUUUCCCUAUUUUUACUGUUUGUUAAAAUAUUCUUAAAUGAAUUAUUCAUUUUAUUAUUUUUUGUUUGUUUGCUUUAGGUGCGUGUUUUACCGUAAACUGUACAAAGCAUAUAAAAGAUGAACGAUUAAACAUGCCCAAAAAGUGUUUGGGCUUUUUGAAAUCUG